AUGAGCCCAAGAAUCAUGACGACCACGGAGGUUUAUCUGCUGCCGCUCAACGACGACGGCUCGCCUCAGGUGGCCGGAGAGUACAUCUAUCUCGAGCCCAAGAGCGACGACCCGGUCACGGUCCGGUUCGCCAUUGAGGGCACGUCGUCGGUGUGCCGCAAUGGCAGCCUUUGGGUCAACAUCCCGGAGCAGGGCCGCGAGUUUCGGCGGGACAAGUUUCGAGAGUACAAACUGACUCCCGACUUCAAUCGCACGCUCGAAAUCUCCAUCCCCAUCUACGAGUCCGGCGUCUUCGCCUUCUACACCACCUAUGCUGAGCUGCCCAAGCUCGAUGACGACGACGUCCCCAAGCCCUCCGACCGCCACGAGGCUCUGAAGAAGACGCCCGUGUACUACAUUGAUGUUGCCCCUCGCCUCAAGCUCGAUGGCCGGCCAUUGCCGCUGCCGGCGCUGUCGCUCUUCUCCAUCAUCAGCAAGCUCAUGGGCCGCUUCCCCGGCGAUUGGGAGCGCCACCUGCGGGGCAUCAGCGAGAGGGGAUACAACAUGAUACACUUUACGCCUCUGCAGGUCCGAGGUGCUUCAAACUCGCCCUACAGUCUGUACGACCAAUUGGGCUGGGACCCCGCCUGCUUUCCUCGAGGCGAAAAGGACAUUGAGGACCUGGUCGAGAGUCUCGAGCAGAAGUACUCCCUGCUGAGCUUGACCGACAUUGUCCUCAACCACACUGCACACAACACAAAGUGGCUACAGGAGCACCCCGAGGCCGGAUACAACUUGGUCACGGCCCCAUGGCUGCAGUCGGCGUACGAGCUCGAUACGAAGCUGCUGGAGCUUGGCGGCCAGUUGGAGAAGCUGGGGCUGCCCGUCGACAUCAAGACCACAGAGGAUCUUCUGCAGCUCAUGGAGGGCAUCAAAGAGCACGUUAUUCUUCCGCUUCAGCUGUGGGAGUACUACGCCAUCAACGUCGAGCGAGAUGCCGACAGGAUCGUCGAGGCGUGGGUUGGUGGCAAGGCCAUCCCGCCCCAAGACGGCUCUGCUACUUUGAACGACUUUGAGCACCUCAAGACGGCAGAGCUCCCGCAACAAGUCGAGUUUGUUAAGAAGUACGCGCUCCAGGGCACUGACCGGCUAGGAGAACGAUUCCGCCGGCGCGUGGAGCCCAAUGUUGCUGCUAAUUUGCUCUCGUUUGCCUUUGGACGAUACGAGGGCGAAAGCGCGGACACCGUCAACACAACGGCCGCCAAGGCCAAGCUUGUCGAGAUUCUCGAUGCCAUCAAUGUUCCGUUCUAUGAGGAAUACGACAAGGAUCUCAACCAAAUUCUGGAACAGCUCUUCAACCGCAUCAAGUAUGUUCGCAUGGACGACCAUGGGCCCAAGCUGGGCCCGAUCAAUGCGGCCAACCCCAUCAUUGAGACGUACUUUUCCCGGCUGCCCGAGAACGAAACAACAGCGAAGCUCUCUCCGGGAGAGAGGGCGCUGGCAAACAAUGGCUGGGUAUGGGGCGGUAACGCCUUGGUGGACAAUGCCGGGCCCGACUCCCGCGUGUAUCUGAGACGAGAGGUGAUUGUCUGGGGAGACUGCGUCAAGCUGCGAUAUGGCUCCCGCCGGGAGGACAGCCCAUGGCUGUGGGACCAUAUGACAGAGUACGCCCGGAUGCUGGCCAAGCACUUUGCCGGCUUCCGCAUCGACAACUGCCACUCCACCCCGAUUCAUGUUGCGGAGCACAUUCUGGAUGAGGCCCGAAGAGUUCGACCCAACCUGUACGUUGUCGCCGAGCUCUUCACGGGAUCUGAAGAGAUGGACUAUGUCUUUGUCAAGCGACUUGGAAUCAGCUCUCUCAUCCGCGAAGCCAUGCAGGCAUGGAGCACGGGAGAGUUGAGCAGACUCGUUCACAGACACGGUGGCCGCCCCAUUGGCAGCUUCGAGGUCGAUGACAUCUCCAAGUCGGAUGUCAAUACACCAUCAGGCUCCAAGGGCAAGUCAGACCUCACAAGGGAGAUUAUCCGAACGAUACGACCAUCGCCGGUCCACGCCCUGUUCAUGGACUGCACUCACGACAACGAGCCUCCUGCCCAGAAGCGUGACGCACGAGACACGCUGCCAAACGCCGCUCUGGUCAACAUGUGCUCCAGCGCCACUGGAAGCGUCAUGGGCUACGACGAGAUUUACCCCAAGCUGGUGGAUCUCGUGAAUGAGAAGCGCCUCUACACGUCUGAGUCGUCGAGGACUCCGACGAUCAAGAUUGGCAGGGGCAAAGGCGGCAUUGGUAGCAUCAAGAAGCUCUUGAACCAGAUCCACACCCUCAUGGGCAAGGACGGCUACAACGAGACUCACAUCCAUCACGAGGGAGAGUACAUUACCGUGCACAGAGUGCAUCCCGAGUCUCGAAAGGGCUACUUCCUCAUCGCUCACACCGCAUUCCCCGGAUACGGCAAUGGAAGGGGAGAGUUCAAUCCCGUACUGCUAACGGGCACCCGAGCCAACCAUCUGGGCAGUUGGAUGCUCGAGGUCGAUGACCGGGAAGAGACUGUCAAGACUGUGCAAAGCGAUACCAAGUUCCUCCGGGGCCUCCCCAGCCAGGUUGUAGAUGUUCCUGGAAUCAAGAUGGAGUACCAUGGCCAAGACACCACAAUCUCCGUCCGGGAUAAGUUCCCUCCCGGCAGCAUCGCUCUGUUUGAGACCUGGAUCCCCACGGCAGAACACUCGACCGGCUUGGACAACUACGUGACCUCGGGCGCCAAGGCAGCCUGGGCCAAUCUCAACCUCAUCGACCUCAACUUCUUGCUGUACCGGUGCGAGGCCGAGGAGAGAGACGCCACCGAUGGGCAGGACGGGGUAUAUGAUAUUCCCGGCCAUGGAAAGCUCGUCUAUGCUGGCCUGCAGGGCUGGUGGAGCGUCCUCGAAGGCGUUAUUCGCGACAACAAUCUUGGGCACCCAGUUUGCCAGAACCUGCGAGACGGCCAUUGGGCACUGGACUACAUCGUCGGUCGUAUUCAGAAGCAGAGCCAUGUCUUUGGUAGUGAGGGCCUCUCUGGACCAGCGGCCUGGCUGCGGGAGCGGUUCGAGGCCAUCAGGGCCAUCCCUAGCUUCCUGCUGCCGAGAUACUUUGCACUGGCCAUUCGAACUGCGUACCGAGCCAGCUGCGAUCGUGCCUUUGAGCUGAUGAAUGAGCAUGUCGCCAAGGGCCAAUGGUUCCUUGGAAGCCUGGCCCUGGUCAGCAUCCAGCAGACUGGACUGGUCAAGUCGGCCUCUUUGUGGCCAGACAAGCAGGUGCCCUCGAUUGCCGCCGGCCUGCCGCACUUUGCGGUGCAGUGGGCGAGAUGCUGGGGCCGCGACGUCUUCAUCUCCAUUCGCGGACUCUAUCUCGGCACCAGCCGAUUUGCCGAGGCGAAGGAGCACAUUCUUGCCUUUGCAAGCGUGUUGAAGCAUGGCAUGAUUCCCAACCUCUUGAGCAGCGGCGCUGCACCGCGCUACAACUCGCGAGACUCGGUGUGGUUCUUCCUCCAGGCGAUUCAGGACUAUACCCGCUUCGCACCAGAGGGCCUCGACUUGCUCAAGGUCAAAGUGAGGCGUCGCUUCCUCCCUUAUGACGAUACUUGGUUCCCGGUAGAUGAUGAGCGCACAUACUCUGUCGAGAGCAGCAUCGAAGAGAUCAUACAGGAGGCUCUUCAGCGACACGCGUCCGGAAUGAAGUUCCGCGAGGCGAAUGCUGGACCCCAGAUCGACUCGCAGAUGAGAGAUGAAGGCUUCAACCAAGAGAUCAAGGUCGACUGGAGCAACGGCAUUGUCUUUGGAGGCAACCAGUUCAACUGCGGCACUUGGAUGGACAAGAUGGGCGAGAGCGAAAAGGCCGGCUCAAAGGGCAUCCCCGGCACUCCUCGCGAUGGCGCCGCCAUUGAGAUCACCGGUCUACUCUACAGCACCCUGAGAUGGGUAGAACAGCUCAGCAAGCAAGGCAAGUUUGCUUACCCGGGCGUUAAGACGGCAGAGGACAAGACCGUCUCAUGGACGCAGUGGGCCGAUCUCAUCAAGGCCAACUUCGAAAGGUGCUACUACGUGCCGCUGUCUCCCGAAGACGAUGCCAAGUACGACGUGAACCCCAGCGUCGUCGCUCGCCGAGGCAUCUACAAGGAUCUCUACAAGUCUGGCAAGGAGUACGAGGACUACCAGCUGCGACCCAACUUUGCCAUCGCCAUGACGGUGGCCUCUGAUCUCUUUGACCCCAAGCAUGCCUGGCACGCGCUAUGUCUUGCAGACUCGACGAUCCGCGGGCCCACUGGCAUGGCGACUCUGGACCCUGCCGACAAGGAUUACCGGCCGUACUACCGCAACAGCGAGGACAGCCACGACUUUGCGACGAGCAAAGGCCGCAACUAUCACCAGGGGCCGGAAUGGCUGUGGCCGACGGGCUUCUUCCUUCGCGCGCUGCUCAAGUUUGACCUCCAGCGGAGGAAGACGGCCGAGGGCAGGACGGAGGCCUUCCAGCAGGUGACGAGACGGCUGGCGGGGUGCAAGCGGGCGAUACGCGAGAGCCCCUGGGCGGGUCUGACGGAGCUUACCCAGAAGAAUGGAGAAUUCUGUCCCGAUUCUAGCCCGACGCAGGCGUGGUCCGCCGGCUGUCUCAUUGAUCUGUACAUGGACGCCAUGGAAGUGCAGGAUGGUUUCAGAAAUUGA